GGGUAAUGCGUGUGACGUGUGACUGGCUGGUCAACUGCGUCACCUGUCACCCUGUCAGUGUCACUAAAAGAGACCGAAACGGAACUGAUGAUGGCAUGGUUAUGUAUGUUUUCUUAUAAGUAGUGAUCAGUGCGACGAAACCUACAGAUUAUAACGUCAUGUCGCUAAAACGUCUGCCUUUGCAACGGAUAAUUUUAUUUUUAUCUACUUAAAUUGGUAUGGGGGUGCCAUGGCUAGCCCAAGUGCGAUUAAUGCACUUGGCAUUUGCCUUUACCUUACUGAUAUUGGUAUUUUUUUUGUUAUCCCUGAACCCGUCAACUCUAAAACCUACAAUACCACCAACCAGAUCAUUCCUAAUAUCGUCGUCGUCCUCCUCCUCAGAACAGCGCAUGAUCCAAGGUAACAUUAGCUUUCCUGGUGUGCUGCUCCACAACAGCACAUCAUCGGAGGCGCCCCCUGCACCACAGACUUUGAAAAACCACUCAACAAAUACUCGACAACAGAAUAAUUUGGAUCUGACUCAAGGUGUUCCAGCUGAAUAUAUUUAUGAAGCAGGACACAUUGAUGUAAAUUCUGAGGUGUGUGCUGACUUGGGCAAGGACGUAAAACUGAUGAUAACCAUCACGUCGGCGCCAAGCCAUGAAAGUGCCAGAGAAGCAAUCCGCAAGACUUGGGGUUCGUUCGGUAGUCGAAGGGACGUCGCUAUAGCUUUUAUGUUAGGAUCUGUUUCCAACGAAACGAUCAACAAGAAAUUAGAUGAAGAACAAAUUUUAUAUGGUGAUAUUAUUAGAGGAAAGUUUAUUGAUACGUAUGACAAUCUUACUUUGAAAACAAUUUCGAUUUUAGAAUGGGUAGAUAAUUACUGUCCUAAAGCAGCUUUUGUACUUAAAACUGACGACGACAUGUUCAUUAAUGUGUCUCGUCUUUUAGCGUUUAUUGCUAAACACAAACCUGAACAAAAUAUAAUUUAUGGACGCCUGGCAAAAAAGUGGAAACCAAUUAGAAAUAAAAAAUCAAAAUACUAUAUAUCUCCUCAGCAAUAUAAACCCCCUGUCUUUCCAGACUUCACUACAGGUCCGGCCUAUUUGCUUCCAGCCAACUUAGCUAAACCACUCUAUUUAUCUGCAUUAAAUCACACCUAUUUAAAAUUGGAGGAUGUGUUUCUCACUGGAAUUGUGGCAAAUGGGUUAAAGAUCAAAAGAGUGCAUGCACCAGAGUUUUUAAAUAAAAAAGUGUCUUUUACGCCUUGUAAUAUUCAGAAAGAAAUUAGCAUACAUAUGGUUCAAAGCGGCGAGCAGUUCGACUUGUGGAAAAAACUUCACGAUAUAACUAAGUGUAAAAAGUGAUAUAUUUAAAUAAUAAAACAAUUCCUUGUGAUUAGUCUUUAUUAUGUAUACCUAGUUACUUAUUUGUUAACAGUAUUUAUUUUACGUUAAAUUAUUUUUUUCAUUGAAAUAUUUUAUUAUUGUAUGUAUUCCUUCAAAAGGUUUAAAAACGAGAUUAUAAAAUGAAUUUUAAAAAAACAAAUAUAAAACUAUUAAUGUAAUAAA